CGAGCUGCUUGGCUCGUCUUGUUCGCCGCACGACUGUUUGUGAGUGUAUGAGUCGCCACUUGAGCACUUUACAUGACUGGAAAAAUUGAAGUAGAUGCUAAUUUACCGGCGUCGAGGCAGAAGACACGUUUCCCGUCCGAGGAAAGAGGUUGUUUUUAUUGCGGAAGGAGACAGAUUUUGGUUUUGCUGCCUUUUCUUCCAGCCAGCGGUAGAGAUCUCUGAUGCCGAGCUAACAAGCUAACUAGAACUGUUUUCACAGACAAGCUAGUGUAGAUAGCUUGCUAACAAGCUAGCGAACGUCGGCUUUAGAAAUGUAUUGUCUCGGUUUAUCUGUUGUAAUGCUGGAACCAGCUUUAGAGGCACCAUAUGAACAAACCGGCGUAAUAUCUCCUGCGGUAUUUUAAAUGUUUUAAAGCUCCUGUACUAGUUUGGUUUAUAAUCUCCAGUGAAACCUUAAGACAAUAGUUAACUGUCUGGGCAACAAGUCUAGCUCACAAUGCUGCUUUAACUCAAUAUGUUCUCGUAUUUCAUAUUGUCAGUUAAUAUCCGGAUAAGACAGAAACUGUAGCUCGUGGCAAAAUAACCCUUGAGGCUCCGCGAAGGUGGCGUUACACAAAGAAAAGUAAAGCGCGACUUAGGAUGUCCAGAUUUUAGUCCCUCGGGAGAGCUGUUGUCAUUUCAUCAGCAGCAUCACGACCGACGAGGAAGACGAGGUGGAUGGACAUUAAAAAUCGCCCACAUGCGUUGGAUCAGCUCCCGGACUUGUGAAAGGCAACUGAAGCGGGAGGAGGGAGACGAAAGCUCGCAGCCCUUGCAGCCCGGGGGAAGAUGGCGGAGCGCUCCCACAGGAGGUGGUGAGACCCAAACUUCGCAACUUGUCGGAUUCGCAGAGUCGCACCUUAUUUCUGAUCGCCGGACACAUGCAGGCCAAAAAACGAUACUUAAUCCUGUUCUCCGCCGGCGCUUGUCUCAUUCUGUUGUUGUGUUUCGGGGGCACACAAGUCCCGCUGUCCGGUCGGGGUCCCGGCCGGCGUGAUGACCGCAGCCUGGCCGGUUAUCACCCCGGGGCGCGGUGGCGGCGCCUCCAGGGACACCUACAGUCUUUCAGCACCUUUGAGGAGGAUCGGAGCGAUGACCUCGGCGAACACAUAUCUCCUAGGCAAAAGAGGGACACCAACUCAUUCCUGUACACUGGAAAACGAUGCAGAAUGGAGUCCUGCUUUGAUUUCUCUCUGUGUGAGAGGAACGGAUUUAAGGUUUACGUGUAUCCGCAGCAGAAAGGAGAAAAGAUCUCGGAGAGCUACCAAAACAUUCUGACCUCCAUCGAGGGCUCCAGGCUCUACACGCCAGACCCAGCACUGGCCUGCCUGUUUGUCCUGAGCUUGGACACUCUGGAUCGGGACCAGCUUUCACCUCAGUAUGUGCACAACCUGAAGGCGAAAAUCCAAAGCCUUCCUCUCUGGAACGAGGGCAAAAACCACAUAAUCUUCAAUUUAUAUUCCGGCACAUGGCCAGAUUACACAGAAGAUCUCGGCUUUGACAUUGGCUUUGCAAUGCUGGCCAAAGCCAGCAUAAGCACAGAAAACUUCAGGCCUGAAUUUGAUGUUUCUAUCCCCCUGUUUUCGAAGGAACACCCCAGGACAGGUGGAGAGAGGGGCUAUUUGAGGCAUAAUACGAUCCCCCCUUACAGGAAGUAUGUGCUUGUUUUUAAGGGCAAGAGAUACCUGACUGGAAUAGGGUCAGACACAAGGAAUGCUUUGUACCAUGUGCAUAACUCGCAGGACGUGGUCCUCCUCACCACCUGUAAGCAUGGGAAGGACUGGCAGAAGCACAAGGAUGCACGCUGUGAUAAGGACAACGCAGAGUACGACAAGUAUGACUACAGAGAGAUGCUCUACAACUCUACGUUCUGUCUGGUUCCUCGGGGUAGAAGGCUGGGCUCCUUUCGUUUCUUGGAGGCUCUGCAGGCAGCUUGUGUGCCAGUGAUGCUCAGCAACGGGUGGGAGCUUCCCUUCUCAGAAAUCAUCGACUGGAACACAGCAGCUGUGAUUGGGGAUGAAAGACUACUGUUGCAGAUCCCUUCGACAGUACGCUCCAUCCACCAGGAUAAGAUCCUGUCUCUGAGACAGCAGACGCAGCUCCUGUGGGAGGCUUACUUCAAUUCUGUGGAGAAGAUAGUGUUGACUACGCUGGAGAUCAUCCAAGACCGCGUUCUGGAGCACAACUCCAGAAGUAGCCUCAUGUGGAACAGCCUUCCUGGUGGGCUCUUCACUCUCCCUCACUACUCCACUCACCUGGGGGAUUUCCCCUUCUUCUACGCUACGCUGGGUAUCAAGCCGUACCCGAAGUUUACAGCAAUCAUUCAUGUGGUCACCCCACUGGUCUCCCAGUCCCAGCCAGUGAUGAAGCUGCUUGUAGCCGUUGCCAAAUCCCAGUACUGUGCUCAGGUGAUCGUUCUUUGGAACUGCGACAAGCCUCUUCCUGCCAAACACCGCUGGCCCUCCACCUCGGUCCCUUUUAUUGUCAUAGAAGGAGAAAGCAAGGUGAUAAGCAGCCGCUUCCUUCCCUACGACACCAUCCCCACAGACGCUGUCCUCAGUCUGGAUGAAGACACUGUGUUGUCCACCACAGAGGUGGACUUUGCCUUCACGGUGUGGCAGAGUUUCCCUGACCGCAUCGUUGGCUACCCGGCCCGCAGUCACUUCUGGGACAGCAGCAAGGAGCGCUGGGGCUACACCUCCAAGUGGACCAACGACUACUCCAUGGUGCUGACCGGGGCCGCCAUCUACCACAAAUAUUACCACUUCUUGUACACCUCCUACCUUCCAGACAGCCUGACGACAAUGGUUGACCAAAUGUCAAACUGCGAAGACAUUCUUAUGAAUUUCCUUGUGUCAGCCGUUACCAAGCUACCGCCCAUUAAGGUCACGCAAAAGAAACAAUACAAGGAAACCAUGAUGGGACAGAGCUCCAGAGCGUCCCGUUGGGCCGACCCGGACCAUUUCGCCCAGCGUCAGACCUGCAUGAACAAGUUUGCCAACUGGUUUGGCACCAUGCCUCUGGUCCACUCCCAGAUGAGGCUGGACCCGGUCCUCUUCAAAGACCAGGUGUCGAUACUGAGGAAGAAAUACAGAGAAAUCGAGAGGCUAUAACCCCCGCAGAGCCCCCCCAGCUCCCUGUGCUCUGCGGACACAACAGAUGAGGAGCGAUGGGUGGAGAGGUGGGGGGGCUGAUUUGAAGAAAAGAGCAGACGAUACGUUUAGAGUUGGUUCCAGGGAAACAGGAAGUGAGGAAACUGGAACCAACAUGAAGGACGCCACAUUUUUACCCCCGUCUUCUUUGUUGUCCUUCUCUGUCUCUCCUUUCAACUGCUGCUGUCUUGUGUUUGUCGUUCAGGCGACUGAACUCAUAACAUCACUAGCUACCUGAACAGGUAAAUUUGCUCACCUUUGGUCACAGAGUCUGAAAAUUACAGCUUGCUGCAUAAAAGUCCCCAACAUUAACAAACCCAGUGCAAGUGACACUGUGUGUCUGAACAUUAUGCACAUGUUUGUGAACAUUUUUUGCUUCAUAAUAACUAUGAAGAUAACACUAUUUCGGAUCAUGUUCAACUAUUUUUUUAUACAGUGUACAAAUGGCCAGCAUGACUUUCUCUUCUUUUUUUCCUCCUCUGUUGUCUUAAACAAGGAUGGGCAAAGAUCCUCCUCAGAGCCCUAAACCAGCUGAUGAUUGUUGAUCUGACAGUGCCUCAGCAUUUAUCAAAAGGUUUUGUGGAUCUGGGAAUCUGAAAGAUGGAAGACUGGGUGCAGAUUUUACACCAUGUCAGCCCUGCUGUCUUUUUUGUGUGUGUGUGUGUGUGUGUUGUCUCACUGUGAUGUUUUUUUCCAUAUUACUGAUAAUGUGUUGCAUUUUCCCGAGGAUCAAAACGGUUUUAUGAGAAUAUAUUUUACAUUUGCAGUCGAACAAACAAACAAAUGUCUGUAUGUGCCAUUCUGAACAAUCUCCCUCGCACAGAGCCAACAUGAACAACUAGGUAGCCCACAUGGGAAUAGAGAUGCCGCUAGAAUUGCAGAUUAUUAUUUUCCAUUCCUAAUGACUGAUCAGAACCUGGACUGUUUGCUUGAAUACAUGCUAGUCUGACAAAUGCAGAUGCUUCAUGUGUGGUGAAGGGAGACUCGGCUUGCCAACACGCCAGAAACCGGUCCAUCGAAACAAAAACCGCUAUGAAAUCUACAGAACUUUUUUUUUUCUUCCUUUUUUGGAUUUGGUGAAUGAGGGAUAUUUAUGUGUUGGCCCAAUUUCACCAGAACCAAGCACCUGACACAGAAGCAUGUCUACCAUAUUUUUGUGAGCAAAUAUGAAAUCUCUCGGUAGCUCUGAUUAAAAUCAAUGAAGAAUGUUUCAUGAUCGACCAGCUGCAUUCACGUCAGGCCUAAAUCGACCCUCGUUUGUUUUGGAUCUGCUGUCAAAUUGGGUUUUUUACACUUGCUGGUUUAUUAGGCUCUCUCACUUAGAAAUGCUCAAUUAACAAUCUAGAUCAGUGUUUUUUGUUAGUUUUUUUUUUUUUUGCUCUGACAUGUCAUAUCAAGUUAUCCUAAGAUCUUGUGAAGCUGUUUCAUGUCAAAGCCAGUAACUCCUUCCUCCAACUCAUCCUGUGAUGGCUUUCUAAAGAUGAAAGAAGAGACGGUUUUGAUGAGCUCAUUCUCCUCCCUUUAUGUGCCAAUGGAGCAUUUGUUUGUUUAUGUUUUCUCAUCUGCAGUGGGGAAUGCCACACGUUCCCUCCCUAAUCACGUGCGCUCUGACUAGAAUGCAAGUGAAAACGAAGUGAGUUUUUUUGUUUUUUAGCGCCGGAGCUCCACAGACGGAGUGGGUGCUUGGUGUCGCUCUCCACUUCUGAGAAUGUGUCAUCGGCGUGAAAGCUGGCCAACAAUCCCAGCUGAAUGAACAUCGUGCUGAAACAGAGUUCUGUUUUAGACAUGAACUUGGUGCAAUAUAAAGGAUGACGUUUUCUGUUUUUUUCUUUUCUUCUGUUUUUUAAUGUUUCAGAGGGACGAGGUUAUGUAUUGAUGUGCCUUCAGAGGAAAUACACUUAAGAUUUUUAUUUUCGUCAGUCUUGCACAAAAAUUCUGACCUUGUUAUUUUAAUGGCAGUUCUUGAAAAUGUUUUCUCUUUUUCUUUUGUUUGUUUUCUUUUUAAUCAAACCAUAAUGGCACCCCAAAUCAUUCAAAUGCUAAAACCCCUGAUUUACUGUUAGCUGUUUAUUAAUACCAUUUUCUGUUUUUUACUUUCCUGGGAUGUUUGACAGUCCCAGGAACUUACACCUGUCUCCGCUUCCUGCCUUGCGUCAGGCUGCGGGGUUCCAACCCUCCUCCUCAUAUUCGUCACAGAUGCAGUAAUUUAUGGACAGACGUCUGACAGGAUUCAUCUCUGGACUCGAUUAUCCGCCUGCUUCCUUCUGUCUCUCUCUCUCUUCAGAGCCUGCACCCUUUGCUCUUUCUUUUCUUUUUGUGUUUUUUUAGACUGAUAGAAAGAUGGUUCAAGAAAAUCAUGGUUUUGGUCAUUAAUUUUAUAAAAACAGAUUGAAACAAUUGUCAAAUAAAAAUCUUUGAUAUGAACGAA